AUGGACUCUGAAUUCUACCGUCGUGCUGGCCAAACGUACGCAGACAUUAUCGCUGCAAGUAAGGUAGCUCGAGAUAGUCCACUAGGUAGUCCUUGCAGUUCUACUACAGAGGACGGUAAGGUUUGUAAGCGUCGACACAUCUCACAGGCGCCGUUGUCAAGAGAACCCGCACCCCGAGUUCUUCCUGAUGACGACCAAGAGAGAGGCGAUAUACAAGUCAUACCUCCACGCAGCGUUGACUUCUGGAAGACUUCGCCAUACAUAAGUGAUCGUAACGACUACCGGACGCCGGUGCAAUUGCCAACAGACAAAGCUAGCGCUGCUGACUCGGAGGUUGAUUCCUCUAACACUGGAGAUAUUCGGCGAACUCACGGUUGGCCCUACCCAAGUACCAAUGCAGAAAUAACCGAGACGGAAAAGGCAGUCGACAAGAUCCCUGUUUCUUGUGAUGCUCGAAAUAACCAGCGAAAAGUUGGAGUCCAUACAGAUCAGCACCCUGAUUCUAUGGAUUAUGAUACGGUUGUUCAGAUUCUUAUCACCUCCGAAAUUGAAAGCACGAAGCCGCUGAUAGUCCACCGAAAAAUGUCACAGUCGCUGCGAGAUGUUCGUCUUGCAUGGUGUAACCGCCAAAGUAUACCGAAAGAGAUGCAGUCCUCCAUACUCCUGACUUGGAAGGGCAGAAGGUUAUUUGAUGUCACAACAUGCAGGAGCUUGGGGAUUGGCGUGCCAAAAGGGUUUGCUGACAGCUCAGUACAUGGCGAUCAUAUUCAGCAUGGCAGCAAAGAAGACAUCCGUAUCCACAUGGAGGCUGUUAUCGAAGACAAUGUAAUGACAAUGGAUGACUGGAAAGCCUCGCAUAAAAGUUACUCUGCAUCUUCCCAAGAGUCUACAGCUGUAGAUAGCAGCAGCGGGCUUCUAUCAACAAGGGUCGUUUUGAAAUGCCCAAGAGCUGGCGACUUGGAAUUGAAUGUUAGUCCAAGAAUGCAAGUCUCGCGACUUGUCACUAUCUUUCGUGAUGCAAAAAGUUUACCGGAAAACCAGGAAGUAUACCUAGUGUUUGAUGGUGAUCGGUUAGAUCCCAGUUCUCGUCUGUUGAUGUAUGACAUGGCAGAUGGUGACCUCGUGGAUGUCGUGAUCAAAUGA